AUGAUGAUUAACACGCUUGUGAACCGAGCACACAGCUCGCUCAUGCCUCUCUUGCGCAAGAGAGUAUUGUUUUUUGUGGUGUUAACUCUAGGAAUUUUAAUGUUUAUUCAAGUCAUUCUUUUUAAAAGUUACUUGUCAAACAAAAAUCAUCAACACAGUGCCAAGUUGAAUUUACCCAACUCGGAAAUUUUGACACAAGCUGACAAUUCGAACACAGGUACUCCUAUGGCCCUUCAACAUACUGACACUGCCUCUCCGAUUGAUGCAGAAGAAGAAGCUUCUCCAAUAAUUUCAAGAGAUUCUCAAUUGUCAUCAAAACCCAUUUCAGAGAGACAUUUGGAUAACAACAUCGAUCGAAGUGAUUCCUCAGCAAAUAUCAGAAAGAGAGCUUCAAACAAAAAACAAGCGCAAAGAAUACCAUCAGCCAAUUCGGGUUCCGAAUCGACAAGAUCGAGUAUCACAAUCGACUCAAAUGAAAGUGUGAAGCCAAAGAAAGAACCAAAGAAGCCAACAACGAUUCCCACUGUUCACUAUCUCUUCAUUUGUGAUUCAAAUAUCAACAACAAAUGUGCAAGUGAUGAGGAGUGGGUUUCCAAAAUUAAGAAUCAAGUUCCAAAUGACGUGAAAAUGCAAAAGACAGAUUCAUCAUUAGAAACCAAUGCAGACAUGAAGGUGAAUUUUGUCUUAUUUAGCAACAAAGAUCAACCUCCAUCUCAGCUCAAGGAUGAUGACCUUUCAAAACAAUUGCAAUUUGUGAAAAUUAAGGAAAAUAAUAUUCCAAAAACUGUGAAUAAUUAUGUGCAAGAAUUCGUCAAGGAUGAUUAUGACAUGAUUAUUUUCAUUCAUGGCAAUGCAAUUCCUAUUGCGUUUAGUUACUAUCAAACAUGGGACAUGUUAGAUGAAAUGGAUCAAGUUGGAAGUAUUACAGUGCUCUCGAAAACAGCCAAGACCAAAACUGUGGGUUGGAAUAUAAGAGCUCGAUCCUGUGAUGGAAAAUCUAAAGCAUUCUCUCUCGUUAAGCAUUUGGCAGGAUAUGAUGUUACCAUGUUCUCUGAUUACAGUUUAAAUAAGAAGGGAAAUCCAAAACAUGCCAAAUCAAGAUUUGAUGAUGAUAUUGAUAUUUUCUUGCCUGAUUUUACUGGACUUUCCAUGUUGAAAAAGACCUUCACAUCAGUUCAAGGAUUCAAUGAAAAUCUUAAAAAGGACUAUGCUCUUGAUUUGAUGUUAAAGGUAUCCAAGAGUUCAUUUAGCUCUCUAUUUUCUCUGAACAAUGUCAUUCAAAGCUUUGAUCCUUCUGGUGAAGAUGAGGAAAUUGUGUUCUCAGAGAAUGAAGUACAAAGAUGUGAUAGCAGCAGCCCAUCAUCCGUUCGUCCUAUUGAAAACUCUCUCAAUUCUCUCUAUUAUGAAACAGUCAUGAAUAUUUUCAAUGAUCGACUAUUUUUGAGGAAUGUUGAAUUGAUUUAUACCAUUACCUCACUCGAUACUGCAACUGUACGAGAGGCUGUAACAAAUUUGGCUGGUCUCGAAGGAAAAGUAAUGAUCACUUUGAAAGCUCAAGAUGAAAAUAAGGCAAUUUCACUUCUAUCCAAGCAUGUGAACAUUCCAACACCAUUCAGAAGCGCAAUCAAUAGAAUUGAGAGCAUGGCAUCCAUUAAUUCUCAAUCGACUACUUCUAGUAGUUCCAAUCAAAAGAUAUAUUUCUAUCAUGGAAAUCCACCUCAAUUUUCAUGUCCCACCGGUUCUUCGUUGUGCAUUGGAAAAACUCAAGUCAUUUCAUCUGGAGAAACAAAAAUUCCAACAGAAUGGGUCAAAUCCUGCAAUUCAGCAGUGGAUCAAGUUUGGGUUUCUUCCAAAUUUGCUUUUGAAGCAUUGAGGGGUGCUGGUGUUAAAAAGAAGAAACUUGUUUUUGUACCAACAGGUGUCGACACAAAGCUUCUUCGACCAAGAUUCAAGUUGUCCAAUUCGAAAGCAACCACUGACACUACGUUCAAAUUCUUGACCAUUUUAGAUUGGAAUAACAAAAAGAGUGCUCGAGAUGUAUUGUUAAAGGCAUUCAUUGAUGCUUUCUCUGCCAACGAUAAGGUCAUUUUGACCAUCAAACCAAUGAGACCUCUUCAAGCACGUGUAAACUCACAACAACUCUUACAAGAGGCCUUUCGUUCAUUGAAUGUGACCAAGAAGGAUGAAAAUACGAGACCACGCAUUGAACUUCUCUCUGUAGAUGUUCCUACAGAAAAGAUGCCUGAAUUCUAUCAACGAUUUGAUGGUUUAGUCAUGCCUGGAGAGAUUGAAAGUCAGGAACAAUUAUCGACACUGUUGGAGGCCAUGGCUUCUGGUCUUAUCACAAUCGCAUCGGAAUCCAUCGACACCUUAGACUUUAUGAAUGAGGCCAAUAGUUUCCUCCUUCCGAGUGUUUCAACCACUCCCGAUUCUGAAGCCAGUGCUUACUUGUCCGAAACACUUUCUUACAUUCUCAAUAAUAGGAAUCAACUCGAGACAGCAACCGUGAACAAAGCCCGUUUCGAUAUGUUGGAUUUCUAUGACCAGAGUACGGUCAUACGAGAAUGGUUGGAACGCAUGGAACCUUCCAUAGAUGAUGAUCUUGGCUUUGAAGAGAGUUCAACUGAUUCAACAACAACAACAACUGCAUUAUCAUCAUUCCGAGAGGAUGAUUUUGCCGACCAGACCACACUUCCUACCAAUGACAACCAUCAAGAACAAGUAACUGCCAAGAAAAAGAAUAAGAAGAACAAGAAUACAACACCUAUUCAGGAAGAGAAUCAUCAGACAGACAACACCGAGAGCAACCACCCUAACAGUAACAACAACCAUCAUGUGAUCACCACUCCUCAUUAA